AUGGAUUAUCACUCCGAAAAUUUCUAAUUUCAAGAUAAAGCAAAUAAAUUUCGGACGUAGCUUGAGAACUCAAAGUUCCCCAAUCCUAAAAGACAAAACAUCCCAACUGAGUAGCUCAUUGAAAAGUUAGAUAUGCUUUCUUAAAAAGGACAUAAAUAACCAAAUGAGUCACUGAUAGAAUCUAAGUCAUCCAUGUCAUAAAAAUAUGCUAAUUUGGACGAUGAUACCUCAUAUUCUUAGAUGUAUUAGAGGCAGUUGAAUUUCAAAGAUCAGAAUUUAUUCUCGCAAACAAAUACUGACUCUAGCGCAUUCAAUCAUUAGUUUUCAAACUUUAAAUAUGACCAGUCAAACGAGAAAAGCAAGAUGCUUUUGAGUUAGUUUUCACAAUCAAGCAGCAAUAAAACAUCCAAUCCGCAUAUAGAGAGUAAAACUAUCAACCAGGAGUCCUUGUUUGACAAGAAUGGUACUUCAAAUUUGAUGGAAGAUUCAGAGUAAAGGCAUUCUUGCUUUAGCAAUAAUACCAUGAAGAAUAAUGUGAAUUUAUAUUCUCAAGACUCUUCCUUUGGAGAUUUUUAAGAUGGGCAAAUCUAACUGCCAUCAAAUGAUAUCAAAAUUGUCCCUGGUGUAAAUUAUCAAGGCAUCCAAUAGCAGACCGGAGAUACAGAAUAGCAUAGAUGGUACAGUCAAGUAAAGUACUCACAACUAUAUAAGUUUCCAAUUAUCAAGAGUCAUCUCUGCUCUAAUGAAUAAGAUAAUAUAUUUGCUAAGUGCAAUAAGAAUAUAGAAUUCGCUAUUGAAUAGAUUCAUCAAAACUCUCCUUUUAAAAAAGGAUAGCUUUCUUAAAAUAAUCAAUAACCACCAACUCAAUUAAAUGCUAUAAAGCCAAGUAACAUUUAAGUGCAAAUUUAGUAGAGCAAAAAGAAGUAAAAUGCUAAGUCAUUUUAAUCAGAAGAUGUUUUAGAUACUUUAGAGGAAAUGGUAGACGAUGAAAAAGAGAUUGAAGAGAUUAAAGAUGAACCAACCUAGAGAAUAGUUGGUCAUGAUAUAGACUAAGCUAUUGAAAAUUCACUUAAUAAAAGUCAUUUAACGAUGGAGGACAAUAACAAGGCUUAAAAGCAAAAGCGAUAAACAACUAAUUCAGCUAAGGAGUCAGUUACAAGUGCGAAUAAUUUUCAGCCUCCAAGAUUGUCAAAGGGACAGUUAAGUCUUAUCUAAAACGAAAAGAUUUUUGAAUUAAGAAUGGAUGAGUUUAACAAUGAGACUAGUUUUGAUACUUUAACAUCUGAGAGAUUAUUUUAAACAUGCACCGAAGAUCAAUUUCCAUUGACUACUUAAAGAUAAAUAAGCAAUAAACAUUCAAAGGUCUAGAUGGAACAACCUAAAAAUAAUGAUGAUAGUUUGAUUGAGUAAGAGCUUAAGAAAAUAAGCAAGAACCUAAACACUUUUACAGUUGAGCACUUCAAUAAUCUGAGAGCUUAGAUAUAGAAAAUUGGAUUUCUAAAUGCAUCUUAGAAAGCUAAAAGAGACUUUAAUUUGAUAACUGCAGAGUCCUUAAACACUUUGAUUUCAGCAAGAGAUGAAGACAAUGAGAUUUCCAUUACUGAAGAGUCACGGAUUUAAAAUUAGUUUCAUAAUAUGUAUGCUAAUAGCACAACUGCUUCUAAAAAUCUUUAUCAUAAAAAUGAAAUGCUAGGAUCUGAAAAGUUACUAUAAGAACUUAAACUAAAUUAGGCUGAAAUAAACGGAUUUGAUGAUAAAACUUAGAUAUGUAAUCCUCUUAGUCCUUUACUGAGAAAAGUUAUCAUUUGUGAACUUAUAACUCAAAGAAAUCAUAGUAUGAUUGAGGUCAUUCAUUCAGCUCCUUGUAGUGGUUUUAAUGCCUCUCCCUAGAUACUCUACAGUGACAAUGAUGAAGAGUCUCGAGCCUUUAUUGAUAAAAACCAAACCUCUUCACUGAUACUUGCUAAACUAAUGACACCUGAUAUAAUGAGUUCUAUGAUAAAGAGCUAAGUUACAUGGUUGUCAUGUGGAUUUGAGCAUUGUUUAGCUCUUACAACAAGUGGAUAGGUAGCCAGUUGGGGUUAUGGUGCAUCAGGAUGUCUAGGACAUGGUGAUUAUCAGACCUACACAAAGCCUAGAUAUAUUGAAAACAGUAUCCUUGAUGGCAAAUACAUUGUUUAUGCAGAAGCAGGAGGUUAUCAUAAUGCUGCUAUAGACUAAUAUGGCAACCUUUUUACUUGGGGUAGAUCAGAUGUUGGACAAUUAGGCUUCACCAAAGGAUAAUUGUAAAAAGACUAAAUGGGAUAUGUUUAAAUUCAACCUAAUUAGCUCUCAUUUUUUACUAAUCUUUCAAAGAGAAUAAAGCAGGUAGCUUUAGGAGAAGCACACACUAUCGUUCUAGAUCAUGAAGGCUAAGUAUAUUCAUUUGGUUGGGGGGAGCAUGGCUAACUUGGUGUAAAGAUAAGUGAAACUUCUCAAGAUAAUUAGCAAUUUACUAUAAAUAAGAUCUAAUUUUUUGAAAGAUUCCCUUGCAUAAAAAUAUGUGCUGGUUCUGUAUUCUCAGCAGCUUUGACUGAAUUACAUGGAAAGAUAUACGUGUGGGGUAGUGGUAAAAAUGGGUAACUAGGACUUGGAAACAUUAAAAAUAGUAUGUAUCCAACUUGCGUAGAUUAUUUAGCAAACGAAAAAAUUCUAGAUAUAAGUUGUGGUGACUCUCAUGUCCUUGCUCUUUCAGAAAAAGGAAAGGUUUAUGGCUGGGGUCAAGGCAUCACACAAUCAAUAUCCUUAAUUAAAAACCUUAAAGAAUCAUCAUCAUAACAACAGUAAUAUUCUUCCUAUGGAAUAAAUGAAGAUUUCCACUAAAAUAACAGAAUUAAUUCAAAGACUCUUGAUGUAAUAUGCUCUCUUCCUAAAAUGCUAAAUGAGGUAGAAAUUGCUCAUACAUUCCUAUUAAGAAAGAAAAGAGGAAAUUCCAAUGAUCAGCAGCAAUAGUAACUUUAAUCUCUGUAGUAGCAAACAAUGAUUUAAGCUAAGAAAUAACUAAUGGCAGGGUAAAUAACUAGACAACUUCCAUCAAAUAAUACAAUCUGCGAAGUUAGUGAAAAAGACUCAGAUUAAGAUGAAAGAUCAAGGGUAAUGAAGAAAAAUGAAAUUAAGUCAACUUUAAUUACAUCUCAGAGCAGCAUGAUGCAAAACAAUAUGAAUUCUAACUCAUCUUAAAUUAGCAGCAGUUUGUCCAAGUUCGGUAACUAAUAUGACCCAGAUUACAAAAUGAAGAUAGAGAGUCUUCACUAAGAUGUAUAGCUGAGAUAAAAAAGAUCAUAAUCUCCUUAGGUAGUAGAAACAAAAUCUAUCUAAGAUACUAAGAAUUUUGGAGUAAAAAAGGGUUCAAUAACAAAUCCUCCCUACUAACCAUUAAUUAUUGAAAAUCCUCAUAACUUUACUAACGGUGCAUAGAAUAAAACAUAGACACCUAUUUAGAUGAUAAAUAGUGCACAGACACAAAAUUCCAAGGGUAGAGUAAAUAGAAAUGAGAUACUAAGCAGACUUGAGGAAUUCACUCACUCACAAAUUCAAUAGGCAGAUUAGGUCAAUGAAUCUAACAUAAAAUAGUAUCAAAGCAUGUCUGGAAGACAAUAGGUAAAAAACUAAAUUAAAAAUUUAGCAAUUUAGAGUAGUUUGGGGCCUAGAAACCAUUAAAAGCUCUAAAUACAGACUUCAAACUCAAUAAUGGAAACCUCUUCAGCAAAAAAGGUUAAGCACAUUACAUCAGUGGCUCAUUCAGAUAUGAUCCUGAACAGUUCUCAAAAUAUUAAUAUUCAGACACACAGUAAUAAUUCUUCGAGAGCCAGUUAUAAUAGAGACAGCGAUUAACUUUAAAGAUAUAACGUCCUACACACUAAUCCAUUCCCUCAACCAUCGAACAAUCAGAGUACUAUCAAAAGAGUGAGAAGCCCUUAACCAGAUCAAAUAAUGGCUAAUAAGUUAAAAUCUUCAAGGCAAACGACAACUGCUUCGUAUAACACUAACACCACUAAAAAGGCAAACAGCCCUGGAAAAUUAGGUUCAAAAGUCAAGAAUACCCCAACUCCAAGGAAUCAUAUCUAAAUUCAAAGCCUGUAGACCUACUCAUCUUAGAGCGUUUUAGGGAAAUAGGCCUAAACUCAACCAAAUAAAACAGUGCUGCAGACUCAGCCUUAAAGUACAAGGAACAAGAAUCAUUAGCUGAAGAUAGCUUCAUAGAACACGAUAAGCAGCAAUACUUCAUUCAAGAAAUAAGCGAUAAAUACAACUUCUCUUUAAAAUCUAUAAUAAAAUGAAGUGUCAACCUCAACAAGAGCUAGUGGUCAAAUUAUUCAAACUAUGAUGAGUCCCACUAGCGAAACGCAUAAACUCCAUAAUUCAAAAACUACUAAAAGUAGCUAAUAAAUGGGAAUCUUACUUAGUCCAAGGACUAUGCUACUCAAAGCCCAAGGUGGAGUAUUAAACCUGAAUGAUACUCUAAUUGGCACUCACUAAAAAUAGUAGAGUCUAAGUAAUACAUCAAGUGCCGCUCUAAUGAGUAAUAUAUCCAACUAAGGGAUUGCCAGCGUUUUCAACUUCAAAGAAAAACAAUCUUAAUAAUAAUUAUAGCAAUAAUAAGCAAUAAGCAACCUAAAUAAUAAACCCAGAGGCCCUAAAAUAGGAAUGGCUGGGUCAGGAUAGUAAUACAAACUUGGUCCGAGCAGCGCUAAGGUAUCUCCUAAAAGUACCAGAUAUAUUUGA